AUGGAUUGGUUUUUGAAAUGUAAUACGAAAACUACCAUCGAAGCGCCGCAUCAGUCGACAAUUUCCCGUUUGUAUGGAGAAUUCAAACGUGGACGGGUGAGUCUUAGCGACGAUCCCAGGGUGGGUGCACCAAAAACGGCAGUCACCCAGGAAAACGUCGAUGCUGUGCGCAAACUCAUCAUUGAAGAUAGACAUGCGUCCUUGAAGAUCUCAAAGACCUCAAUUCAAAACUAUUUGCAUGAAGAAUUAGGAGUAAGAAAAUUAGUUUUUCGUUGGAUACCCCACCUGUUGACUGAAGAGCAGAAAGCAGCCAGGGUUAAUUGGUGUCAAAAAACGCUUGACCGUUUCAAUUCCGGAAAAUCAAAAAAUAUGUACAGCAUUGUUAGUGGUGAUGAAUCGUGGAUUUACUGUUAUGAACCAAAAAAAAAGCCAACAAAAGUCAUCCGUUCUCGAAGUGUUUCGAAAAAGGGUCAUAUUGCAACAAUUCCUCUUAACGAGCAAAGAACUGUUACUGCCGAUUGGUAUACCACCAUUUGUUUGCCAAAAGUCAUAACCGAGCUUCGAAAAAUCAACCCCGAAAGAAGAAUCAUCCUCCACCAAGAAAAUGCAAAAAACGUGGAAUUACUGGACCAUCCUCCAUAUAGUCCCGAUCUAAACACACUGCGUGGUCAAAGGUUCCAGUCACCAGAAGAAGCAGUUGACGCAUUCAAAAAUGCCGUUUUGGAUCUGCCAGCAAACGAGUGGAAUAAGUGCUUCGAGAAUUGGUUCGAGCGCAUGCAGUUGUGUAUUAAUCUUCGUGGAGAAUACUUCGAAAUACAGUAA